UCGAUCGUUGUGUGAUUUUGAAAAUAAUACACAAUUGCAAAGUCUUAAAACAAGCUUAAAUGUCAUCAUCGUCCUUAGAGUGUUCAUCGGAUGCUUACUGGGUUACGUCUAAAAAGUUUUACAUAUAUGACAUUCCGAUCAAAAAGGUGGUACAUGUACAUUACGGUGAUGUAAUGGAAUUUGCAAAGGAUAAAACAUGUAUUGUCAUUCCUUGCGUUGUAAAAGCGGAUGGAACUAGGGGAAGCAAAGGAGAGCUUUUCGAAUGUUUGAAGAAAGAAGGGGGCGAGACAUGCUUGGAAGAACUAAACAGUGCGCCUAUUUAUGAGAAAACUGGAUGUAUACUGACUAGGGGAGGGAAUUUGAAAGUAACAAUAAUACAUCCUACUCGAGCAGUUAGGAAUGCCAGAAAUAGAGAAGAAAAUAUAUUUUUGAAUAUAUUGGGAAGUCUGAAAAUGGCUGCAAAAAUGGAGCAGAAAAAAAUAGCAUUCCCUUUUGUUUUUUCAGGAGUUGCUGGUAUCAGCCUUGAAAGCUGUGCCUAUCAAUAUGCCCGAGCACUGACGGAGUUUUCGAGAUCGGAAGAUGUCAGUUCUGUUUUGAAAGACGUAUACCUUGUCGAAAAAGACGACACAAAGGUUAAACAAUUGUCGGAGUAUUUUGAUCACCUUCUUCCCACCCAAAAGUCACAGGUUCUUCAAAUACCGCAUACAUUACAAGAAACUGAUGACACUAUAUAUCGUAGAAAUACGAGGUUAAAGGUGACACAUGAAGAUAUUCGAUAUUCGUCUGUACAUGCAGUUGUAUGUCCAGAGUAUGAGGGUUCAAAAUAUGGAGGUGUCUUCGCGUUGACUAUCAAAUAUGCAUACCACAAAGCCGUUGAAAUUGCCUCCCUGAAGAAAGUGAUCACUAAAAGACACAUAGCUGUAUCUAAGUGUUUUGAAUACGAAGAAUACAAGCCUGUCAAGUUCUUGUUUCAUGUCCGUUCUCCGGUUUGGAAAGAUGUUCCAGACAGUAGUGGUCAGUUAGACGCAUGUGUUGCAAGCAUAUUUUGUAAACUAAAGGAAUUUGAAGAGGGUAACAAUGCCAUCAAAUCUGUUGCCAUUCCUUUACUUGGAGUAGUCGACGUUUUGAAUGAAAGAAUGGUCAGAGAAUGUUGCAAGGCUUUCGCCACCAGUGUGGCGAGGUGUUGUCGUGGAAGAGAUGGCCCGAAUCCUCUUGAUGUUUACCUUGUGAACAACUGCCAGACAAUCACUGCGUGGAUAAAAGAAGACAUAAAAUUGUUUUUAGAUUUCUAGAGGGGAUUUACCGAUUAUAUUGGGAAAAAUCAACGCCUAGUUUAAAAAUGUGUAGCAUGCUUAUCCCCACCUAUGCAUUUCCUGUUUAUUGCCUUUGUGUCACAGCAGGGUGUUAAAUUUCCUUAAAUAUUCCUUAUUGUUUUCAAGCUAACGUCCUUUUGGGGUUAUUAUAGUUGGCACGCUUCACUGGGAUUCUUUGCAAAAACAUACUGUUAUUUUAUUACAUCGAUGAAAUCAGAGACCAGGUGACAAGAAGAUUUAGUCUGACAAGGAUAAGCGCGUUAUACCCAAGGUUUGGGGGCGCGGAGGUAGGGGGUGGGGGGUCGCUUAUAGAAGGGUUGAACUAGGUCUUAAACAGGAAACAAGCAAGUAUCUACAAAAGAGGCAAUGUUGAAUCUAUGCGCAUAACACUGCUAUUUAGGACUGUGUUGUUGUUGUUUUAAAUCACUGUUUUUAAAA